GGGAUUCUUACAUGUACCGCGACACCGUUAAUAACCUUGUCAUAACUUAGGUAAGCCAUGGCUCGGAACCACUGGGUGCUGUUGUGUUUGGCCCUAUGCAAUGCUGCUGGCUUGGGCAGCUCAACAUUUAAAUUUGCCUCCUACUAUAGUGACCAUAUGGUAUUGCAGCAAGGUGCACAGGGGGCUAUCGUGUGGGGAACAGCCUCGCACCUCAGAGAAAAGGUACAGUUAUACUUGAAUGGCCAUACGGUCGGUGAUGGAACUCACACAUUCAAUUCCUCGGGGGUUAUAACAUGGAUGGCAAAAGUAAGUGUCACUGGUUCCGACUACGGGCCGUAUACCAUUGCGGCGAAGUCAAGUGAAGGGACAAUCACGCUACAUGACGUCAUGUUUGGUGAUGUGUGGGUGUGCUCCGGACAGAGUAACAUGGAAUUCACCAUGGGUGGACUCGUGAACUCUUCUGCGGAGUACGUAGAGGCGUCCAACUACAGCAAUAUCCGUAUAUUCAAGUCCCAGCAUGCGCAAUCAAGUGUUGAACUGCACGACUUCUCCGUGGCACUCGUCACUCCGUGGUCUGUUCCAACUAGGGCAAACUUAGGUCGAUUUUCGGCUGUAUGUUGGUUAUUUGGGAAACGAUUAUCGUCACAAUUCAAAUAUCCGAUCGGAUUAGUUGAGUCAAACUGGGGUGGAACGAAAAUUGAAUGGUGGUCUUCGACCUCUGCACUUAGUAAAUGUCCUACUCACGGGAAAAGGGCCAUCCAAAACUCGGAUUUGUGGAAUGCUAUGAUGAGUCCUCUAACAAGAAAUACUAUAUACGGAGCGAUUUGGUAUCAAGGGGAGUCUAAUGCCGGAGCUUAUGAGUUGUACAGCUGUCAAUUUCCAGCAAUGAUCAAGGAUUGGCGACAGAAAUUUAGCGUCAACUCUCUACACACGACAUCAAUGGAGUUUCCAUUCGGAUUUGUACAGUUAGCACCCCACAGGAAUGGAUCGGAAGUUAAAAGUAUCCCAUCCCUGCGAUGGGCCCAAACAGCCGGUUAUGGAACUGUACCAAACGCGAAAAUGCCAAAUACAUUUAUGUCUGUGACUUUGGACCUUCCAGACUUCAAUUCGCCGUAUGGCAGCAUACAUCCACGUUUCAAGCAUGACGUUGCAGCCCGACUGGCGCUAUCGGCUCUCGGCGUGGCCUACCACCGGUCCGGAUUGGAAUUUCAGGGUCCGUUCCCAUCGGAGUACCGUUUAACCGGACACUCCCUAAAUAUAGAGUAUAACCAGGGAAGGGCGCCUAUCACGGUGUUUGCUAACGCCAGUAACUUUGAGGUUUGCUGCUCUGCAACGAAGUGUGAUAAAAACUUUGGAAAUUGGAAGCCUGCACCAAUGACGUCACAUCAUAUAUCGUCCGUUACACUGAACACAAGUCAGUGUGGACAGGUAGCGGUGUCCGCCGUCCGAUAUGCGUGGAGGGAAAGUCCUUGUCUUUUAAAGCGGUGUGAGGUUUACGGACGGGAUACCGAGCUUCCGGGACCACCGUUCUACCACAGCUUUCAUUAAAUAUGUAAAAAUAGCAAAAUAAAACUGGAAGUUUCAACAUA